GCAAAUGAUAUGUGAUCCUUACCUCAAGAUUUUGGCGGUCAAUACUAAGUACUCGGGAGCGCGGCACGAUUCUUUUAUUUGGAGCUCUUCUACAGUGCGAAGAGUAAUGCAGCGUAGUUUUGAAAGUGGAAACCACAAUAUGUUUUUGAUUGGUGACACUGGAUAUCCAUUAGAACCGUUAAUGACUCCUGUUCCAAACCACAAGGAAGUCCUAAAUUCCGCUGUAAUGAGGCAUUGUGUAAAGCACGAAACCAAAUCGGGCGACUUUUUGGCGUUCUCAAAGGAACUUGGCGAUUCAUUUCUCAACGAAGAACUCUCUCUUACUAAGCUGAAUUCACUAAUAUAAUAGUUUAUGCUUGCUCAGUGUUACAUAACAAUCGAUUAGGUGAUCAAAUAUAUGAGCUUGAGCAAGAGUUCGUAGAAAGUAGAACAAAUACCGUCAAUUUCAAUCAUGAGGCACCAUCCUCAACAGCAAAACGCGUCCAAGAUCACCUGAUCGC